AUGUCUAAGUUCUUCGCUCAAAAACUUGAAUUUGUUGGGCUUGAAUGGCUUAAGCUUGAGAUUGGCUUAUGGCUAUAUCUCUACGUUCCACAACUGUCGAAUGCAUCCAUUGUCAAGAUCCGUCAGCAUCUGCUUCGGAACGAGCUCCAGUAUGACGAGCUUCUUUUGGCAAUAGAGCCGAAAACACAUUUUGAUAGCUCGUCAGAGUCUGCCGCAACUCUUUUCUUCCACAGCAUUGGAACAAAGGUCAUCCAAGGUUACCAAGAGCCAUCUCUAUCUAUGGUACCCAUUCGAGUUCUUCUCUCCGGGCACCUGGACAAGCGUCGAGAAGGGAUCGUAAACCUCACCAGGAGUGUGAAAGAAUGCACAAAUGGGGAAAGUGACAAUCUAACGCUCUCCCACUUCCAGGAACAUACACCAUACAAACCAUGGAACCAAGAACAGCAAUUACGCACCAAUGACGAAAUGUUCCAUCAAAGUUACUCGCACCUUGCUAUAGAGCAGAUUUUUUGA